AUGGGUCAAGCUCCAUCGAGUGGUGCGCCUGGAGGUGGUAAGAGGGACGGAAAGGAUAACAAAGACAAGAAAUCCAAAUGGGAACCACCCAUCCCAACCAGAGUAGGAAAGAAGAAGAAGAGAGGUCCAGAUGCAUCAUCGAGACUUCCAGCAGUCUAUCCCACGACUCGAUGCAAGCUCAAGAUGCUCAAGAUGGAGAGGAUCAAAGAUUAUUUGUUGAUGGAGGAGGAAUUCGUCGCCAAUCAAGCAUCACAAUCUGGUGAAGAUCGUACCGCGGCUGAUCGUACUCGAGUAGAUGAGCUCAGAGGAUCGCCUAUGGGAGUCGGAUCUUUGGAGGAGAUUAUCGAUGAUGAUCAUGCUAUCGUAUCUGUUGGGAACGGUCCAGAAUAUUAUGUUGGAAUCAUGUCUUUUGUCGAUAAAGACCUGUUAGAACCUGGAUGUUCGGUACUGCUACACCAUAAAACCCACGCCGUUGUUGGUGUUCUCGCUGAUGACACCGAUCCUAUGGUCUCGGUGAUGAAGCUUGACAAAGCUCCUACGGAAAGUUACGCAGACAUCGGUGGUUUGGAAACCCAAAUCCAGGAGAUUAAAGAAUCGGUAGAACUUCCUCUUACUCAUCCCGAAUUGUACGAAGAGAUGGGGAUCCGACCUCCGAAGGGUGUCAUCCUGUACGGUGUGCCCGGUACAGGUAAAACGUUACUCGCUAAAGCUGUAGCCAACCAAACAUCUGCCACUUUCUUGCGUAUCGUCGGAUCGGAACUCAUUCAGAAGUACUUGGGAGAUGGUCCAAAGUUAGUUAGAGAAUUGUUCAGAGUAGCAGAGGAAAACGCGCCAAGUAUCGUAUUCAUUGAUGAGAUUGAUGCGGUCGGUACCAAGCGAUAUGAUUCGACGUCUGGUGGUGAAAGAGAGAUUCAGCGUACCAUGUUGGAGUUACUGAAUCAAUUGGAUGGUUUCGACACCAGAGGGGAUGUAAAGGUUAUCAUGGCAACGAACAGAAUUGAAUCCCUUGAUCCCGCUCUUAUUAGACCUGGCCGAAUAGAUCGAAAGAUUGAAUUUCCUUUACCUGACACGAAAACCAAACGACAUAUCUUCAAGCUUCAUACAUCAAGGAUGUCUUUGGCUGAUGACGUCGAUCUGGAGGAAUUGGUAAUGACAAAGGAUGAUCUUUCCGGAGCCGACAUCAAGGCUGUGUGCAUCACCAAAGCCGAUUUUACUACUGCCAGAGAGAAGCCUGCCGGUCUGUAUUUAUAG